AUGGCGGCGCCCCCGCAUCCCGCGGAUCCACAGACAUGGCCGCCGGCGAUUCCGGCUCGCCUGCCGCCCUUGCGGACGGCGCCCGCGGGGUCUUGCCGCGGGCUGAGGCCCGUGCGCCCUGAGAGGAGAGUCGUCGUCGGGAUGAGGGGCCCUGCAGCGCGGCCGCUGGUCGGCUCUAGCCGCGCGGGCGCGCUGGCUGGCCCAUUCAGACGGCAAUGCGGCUCCAUUGCCGCAUCGAAUGCCCAAGGGGAGAGGGAGGGGGGCGGCGAUCGCGGGGAGGAGCGGGCGCGUUCCGGCGGUCCGGACUGCCGAGGGGCGAACAGCGGCGGCGAGGAGGGGCCAUCGACUGGCCGGAGGGUGGCCGCCGAGCGGCCCGCGGGGGGAAUGCUGGAAAUAUUGUGGCCGGAGGGAUUGGCGCUGGGUGCGGGGAUGGCGAUCGCGGCGGCGAAUGGAGGUGAUGUGUCAGCAUAUGGUCCAAAUCCUGGGGGUCUAGCAGAGGCCAUUGCCAUACUUGCUGUGAUUGUGGCCGUGCAUGAGGGGGGCCACUUCCUUGCGGCGAGGUUACAAAACAUACAUGUCAGCAAAUUCUCCAUCGGAUUCGGGCCUGCCUUGCUCAAGUAUCAGGGCCAAGUGGUGGAAUACUCCUUGAGGGCGAUCCCACUGGGAGGAUUUGUCAGUUUCCCUGAUGACGAUCCAGAAAACCCCUAUCCAUUGGAUGAUCCUGACUUGCUCAGGAACAGGACAAUUCCUGAGAGGGUGCUUGUUGUCAGUGCCGGAGUCGUUGCAAACUUUGUGUUUGCAUUCGCGAUUCUACUUGCUCAGGUCUGCACAGUUGGUGUAGCUGAUCGUGUCUACCAGCCAGGUGUGAGGAUCCCUUCGGUGACACGCAAGUCGGUAGCAGAAUCGUCAGGAUUAAAAGCUGGGGACAUCAUCAUCUCUGUGGACGGCGUGCCAGUUGCUGCGGGCGCUUCCUCAGUAUCAAAUGUUGUCAAUGCCAUCAAUGACAGUGCGGGUCAGAAGCUCCCCCUGCUCAUCAAUCGCAGUGGCAAGACACUCCCAAUCGCGGUGACCCCUGAGAAAGAUGUCGAUGGAAAAGGCCGCAUAGGGCUCCAGCUUGUCUCUAACGCCUCCACUGUUCGCACCAAGGCCACCAAUGUCUUCCAGGCAAUGGUGCUCGCAUCGAACGAGAUUAGCAGGAUGUGCGGGGACGUCACACGUGCCCUGCAGAACUUCAUUGGAAACUUCAAAGGAGGUGAACUGUCGGGGCCCCUGGCUGCGGUGGCCGUGGGUGCUGAGGUGGCUCAAGUGGACUCCUCACAGCUGUUCCAAUUUGCUGCCAUCAUCAACAUCAACCUGGCGAUCGUCAACAUUCUGCCUGUACCUGCACUGGAUGGUGGCUUCCUGGCACUGUUGCUUCUUGAGGCAGCCCGGGGUGGCAAGAAGCUGCCACAGGGUGUUGAAAAUGGUGUCAUGGCAUCUGGUUGGCUUGCGCUGAUGAUGUUGGGGAGCAUUCUGCUUGUCCAGGACACCCUAAAUUUGGGAAUUUUCCAGAAUCUUUUGUGA